AUGGCGCAGGAGAUGCGCCCAGGGCGGAAGAAGGCGCAGCUCGCGCUGGAGGAUGCAGAGCUCCGCUCUCUACGCAUCCCGUCAACUGCGCACCGUGGGGCACUAUCUCCUUCGAAGCACAGCUACCUGCCAACGCUGCAGGAACAGGCUAGAGAAGACAGGCCCCCCGCUGCGUCCGGCAGCCGGAAGUUUGGCAGCAGCGACGCGCUGGUCGAGGCCGAUUCCAAACGCGAGAAGCGCCACCGCCCCGAAACGCACGUGCUCACCGACUUGUCGGCGGACUUGCUGGAGCAUGUCAAGGAGGAGUUUCUUGACAAUGGGGGCGUCUUGGACGGCGAGCAGUUUGUUAAGGCCAUGAUGAGGAACUUGGACAUGGGUGGUUACGAUCGGCCUGGCAAGUCGGCCCACCUCACCGGUGAGGAGCCUGUGCUUAGCAGUGCCACAAAGGCAGCGGCCGUCAUGGACCUCUUCCAGCAUGUAGAUGUGCACGGCGAGGGUGCCGUGAGCUGGGAGGACGUGUCCAACUACUUCAUCGAGCAGGGAAUGUCAGGCGGUGACGAGUUUACGGUGGACAGCAUCAAGACCUACGAGGUCAGCCAGGUGCAAGACACCUCAAAGCACGAAACGCCGGUCGAAAAGCUGGUCUACCUCGAGCCGAUCGACUCUUUAGUUUGCCUGUCGCGCGGCAGUCGCAGCUUCCGCCUCUACGAGCCAAAGCGCUGUACUCUGAAGCACAUGGUCCCUGGCCACCGUGGCUCAGUGAUUAACUGCUGCUAUGUGGACGCCUGGAGCCAGAUUGCAACUACAGCCGCUGACAUGACGAUCUGCUUCUGGGACUCGCACCUCCAGUUGCGCAAUCGCCUUGCAGCCAAGGAUGUGCAGCUGUGCCUUCAGUGGGACAACAUCUCGCGCAGCCUCUUUAGUGGUGCAAUCGACGGCACGCUCAGCCGGUGGGAUCUGAACAGCAUGACCCUCGCGGACAUCCGCAAGGGCAAUCACAAGAAGGCCAUCAACGACCUCUUGAUGGCACAGGACAUCAACCUCUUGGCUUCGGCUUCUUCGGACGGAAGCAUCCUCAUGUGGGACACGGCCACGAUGAAGCCCAAGAAGACUUUCAAAGGCCACAAGAAGGGCACCUUCUCCUUGGCGUACUCCAUGGACUAUCACUGCUUGUUGACGGCCGGACUGGACCAGGAAGCUUUGGUAUGGAACCCCUACGUGGAAAGGGUGCCGAUCUUCCGACUAAAAGGCCACACGCACGCCCUGUGCGGGGUCUCCGUCGUGCCGGGGACGCCGCAAAUCCUCUCGGCAGACGUGGCGGGCACCUUCCGGCUCUGGGACAUGCGCAGCUUCCGCUGUGUGCAGUCGUUUGGUGGCAAUGCGACCACCUUGAACGACCUGAACACCUUUUGCGUCAUGCCUCCACACCACCGACUGGCAGCGGGUGCGAGCCGGGUCAUUCUUCAUGACUACAUGGACGAGUGGGGCGGCGAGAGUGUAACCGAUACAGGUGGGGUGACGGAUGCCUUGUACAACCCAAACGCUGGCGAGUUCUACACGGUCAGCAAGCAGACGGUAAAGGCCUGGAACGCGAAUACAGGAGUCCUCUACAAGGUUCUUCGAGACAUCACGCAGGAUGAGAUCACCGCAGCCUGCAUUGCGGACAACGGGCGCAAGAUCUACCUGGGUGAUGCCAAGGGGCGAGUGCAAUCGCACGGUCUCAACAAUGGCGUUGUGCUCAGCGUCUUCGACCAACAUCCGACGGACAUUUCCUGCCUGGACAUUUGGAAGGGCACGAACAAGCUCUUCUCAUCCUCCUGGGAUGGCACUGUCAAGAUUCACACAGACGAGGGCUCAAGACCGCCACAGCUGAAGGCAGAGUUCAAGAACCACCGGGACGGGGUGACAUGCCUUGCCGCCUCCGAGGAGUUGCUUCUACUUGCCAGCGGAAGUACGGACAUGCAGGUGGUCCUCUACGACCUCAAGACGAUGAAGUUUGAAACGGCGCUUUCACGCUUUCAGCACGUCAUCGCGGCGGUCGACUUCCUGCCGAAGCGGUGCCUGCUGGUCGUCGCCGAUCAGGGAGGGCACGUCUCUUUCUGGCGGGUGCGGCCCCAUCCCGAGCAGUGGACCUGCACCUUUCACUUCAGGAAUCUGCCCAUCAUCAACGGCUCACUGCCCAGCGUCACUGAGGUGCCCCCGGCAGCACUGGCGGUGCCUGUCGCAGCACUGCGUGUCUCCGAGGAGCAGCUCACGCGACCGUCCGAGGAGUCCGCUGAAGACGAAGUCCUCGAGCCCCCUCUUAUCUACACGGCCGAUGCCAAAGGCGUAUUGCGCGUGUGGACCGUGUCGCAGAUGUGCAAGAAAAGGGGUGUCCAUGCUGUUGACGUCAAGGACCUCUUCGAGCAGCAGCGCUCGGGUAAGAUGGUAGCCACCAGCCCUCCGCGGGGCGGCAGCAGUAAGGGCCGCACAAUGGGGCAGAGGCAAGUUCGGAACUCGAACACCCCGCAGGUGGCAUCACCACCCCUGGGAAGGACGCUUUCGUCUCAGACGUCGAUGGGAAACACCGCCUUCUUGACAGGCGUGGACAUCGAGUCCGAGGCAGAGCCCAAGUCCGGUUAUCCCAACAGUCUGGCCCCGCCCAUGACGGCUUCCUCAGGCAUGCGUUCCUGGACGGUGUCGCAGCAAGAUGCCGAGGUGCAGCUUCUUUACGAGGAGGAAGCUCAUGAUGACUCCGGCAUCAUCAGCUUGUACCUCACAGAAGGCCCACGGGCCCUGGUGAGUACGGGGCUAGAUCGCCGGGUCCGGACAUGGAGCUUGCAGCUGGAUCGACUGGGGACCCUGAUGCAAAGUCACGACCGGCAUUUCCGCUUUCCUCAUGACCCCGUGUCCACCCAGGAGGCGAAGUUUCAGGACGCCUCCGAUUUGCUUCAGAGGUACCAUGUACACGGCUACUGCUUACAGGUAGCGGACCUGCCGAAGACCAAGCGGAGUUCCCAGUACGUCGCGGCGAACUUCAUCACCUCCUACAGCCGCGAAAUUGAAGAGCUGUUCCCUGGAUGUGAUGACUCUGCGGCCUUUGCCGUCAUCUCGAACACGUGCCUUGUGUUGUACACGCUGGAGCUUGGUGGUUUCGGGCUGGUGCAUGGCCCUGCGAUGUGCCGGGAUUGGAUGAUUGUUUUGGACUCUGUCAUUGUGCUGUGUGGGUACAUUGAGCUCAUCCUCGAAAGUAUCAGCACAAGCGAGGAGAUCCAAAAACUCAGCAUCCUUCGCGCGCUGCGGCUUGUUCGGAUCUUCCGCUUGAUGAGGCUCCUGCGACGCAUCCGUGCGUUGAGGGAACUUUACAAGCUCGUCACAAUGAUGGCUACAUGUUUGAAGACACUGCUGUGGUCUUUCUUUUUCUGCUUCAUCGUGAUGACUAUCUGGGCCAUGCUUUUGGUCGAAGUCGUGAAUCCACUGGUGCUCAAAAUGAACCUGGAGACAACUGAGUUCGCAGACUGCGAUUGGUGUCAGCAAGCGACAUCCUCGGUGAUGUAUGCAAACCUGCUCCUUUUUCAGACAGUCAUUGCCGGUGAUAGUUGGGGAAGAAUGGCCAAUCCGCUCAUCCGCGCGUACCCAGAGACUGCUCUGAUCUUCAUCGGCUCUUCUCUGACUCUCGUGUUUGGCGUGCUCAACAUGAUCGUGGCGGUGGUGGUGGACACGUUUGCCGAAGCUCGAGCUCACGACAUCUUGAAUUUGGCCGAGGAGAUGGAGCAGGAUCUGGAAAGUGACACAAAGUUCCUGUCGAAGCUUUUCGAGCGCAUCGACACAGACCGCAGCGGUCGUGUCACUCUGGAUGAGCUCAUUGAGGGGGCGAGGAAAGAUCCCGAGUUCCAGAGUCGUCUAAGGGUGAUGGACAUCGACGAGGUGGACCUCCAGCAGCUCUUUGAAAUGAUCGACGUGAAUGGGGAGGGCUCCAUUGAAGCCAGUGACUUCAUCUGGCCGCUUAGCCGAUGGGUGCACGAUUCGAAGACAGCUCCACGCUUCAUCAAGUACAACAUGCUGCGUACCAUGGAGCAGCAAGAGGAGCUGUACCUUUUUGCAGAGCGCCAAUUCGAGCAACUGUCGGACAGCAUCGGGAGCCUGAGGAUGACUUUGGCGUCGAGCUCCAAGGAUCCCGCCGCCAUGUCUUCCAUCGGCCCCUCCAUGAUCUCAGAAGGCGUCUCGGAAGGCGAAGGAGCUCUUGGAACUCCUGGAGGCUGCGAGAUCAAAUCGGAACCUCCGGAUGCAGGACAGCUUGGCCUCCAAGCGAAGCCGAAGGAAGUCAAGGAGGUCUCGGAGGGCUCCGACACGCAGUCCGAGGUGCAGCGAUGGCUCGCGGAGCCCAAGGCCUCGCUUGCUGAGCUUGCAUCGCCUCCUUCCGAGACUGAACUGCCCGAGCAGCCAAAGCCCUCUCGCGGGAAUGUGAGACACAAGGUGCCGGACCUGCCACUUUCUUCCGAGACAGUUGUAAAGGAGCUGGAGGUCUUACUGAAGGCCUCCGAGAUGCGACUGAGGAAGUACAUCACGAAGCUGGAGGCAGCGGCUCGCUCAGCCUCGUCCCCCACCAUUCCGGUCACGGACGCUGGUGGAGAGGAUAGUGAUCACCUGCGGCCGGAGCGGCCACAGCUGAGAGUUUCUCUCUCGAAGCUGAAGGCCCCCAACAUCAAGCAAUCGGACGUUUUCCGCUCGAUGUACAUGGGCAGGAUCGCCAGUGACUUCCGGUCCCCCUUGACCGAGCAAACAGCCCAGGAGGUCGCAAAGUCUCACCUCCGCACGCUAAGUCAUCCCGAGGAGCAGGUGUCCAAGCACUUCUCGAUGCGGCGCAAGAAGCUGCUGCAGCUCAUGAAGAACGAGGGAAUCCAUGACAUCGGGGCGGCAGUCUAA